ACAUCUGCACAUCAGACACAAGAAGAACUCUGAUUUGAAAACUUUAAACAGUCAAACCUUCCUAAGAUGAAGACCUUCAGCGUUGCAGUUGCACUGGCCGUUGUGCUCACCUUCAUUUGCAUUCAGCAGAGCUCUGCUGUCCCAGUCACUGAAGUGCAAGAGAUGGAGGAAAUGAUGAGCAAUGACAGUCCAGUUGCAGCAAAUGAAGAGACAUCAGAGGACUCAUGGAUGAUGCCGUAUAACAACAGACACAAACGUGGCAUUAAGUGUCGCUUUUGCUGUGGCUGCUGCACCCCUGGUAUCUGUGGAGUGUGCUGCAGAUUCUGAAGAUUCCUGCAACAACAAACACUAAAUGAUGUUCUGUCUUUAAACUGUGUAACACUUUACAUUGUAUUAAAGUUUGUACAUUUGUUUUAAUGCAGUUAAUGUGAGCUCAGUGAAGUGAUUUCAUCAUCCACAUAUUAUGUUAAAUAUCUGCACAUACUGCAGUGUACUGUCACAAUAAAGUCUGUUACUAAUAUA